GAUCUGAGCAUACAUCAUUCGAAUCGUAGUGUUGCAAAGUUAGUUUUGAGGUGGGAAGUUCUCUUUACUUUUCAAGUCAUGGCCAGUUCUUCAGCUUUCCGCCUGCUGUCAUGCAGAUCAAUGGGGCUGCUUGCCGCCGCUCGACCCAUCACAGCUGGACUCAAUGUGUGCAGCGCUGCUCGCCCGGCACAGUUUACUGCUCCUCGCUGUCUUGCAACUUCUGCCAAACGCUGCAAUAUAAGCACGCUCUCUGAGAAGGACCAGGAGGAUGUUCGCUCUCGGGCCACGAGCAUUGUCAAGAACUUCCAGGGAGUCAACCCAGAGAAGGUGACAGACCAAGCAAAGUUCGUAGAUGAUCUCAUGUUAGACAGUCUGGAUGUGGUGGAGAUCGUCAUGGCAUUUGAAGAUGAGUUUGAUAUCGAGAUCAGCGAUGAUGAGUUGGAGCAGGCAGAGUCUCUGAGCGUGGCACUGGACACUAUUGCUCUCAAGGUGGCAGCAAAGUGAACCUCAAGAUCUGUUCAUUUUCUCAGCUCUCCGUCGCUCUCUGUCUUGUUUGCUUUCUUCUCGUCUGGACUGUGCUGGGGCGUAACCGAUUGCAGAUGCUAGAUAUGCCUGGUCUCUGAGUCGACCUACAUGCCACUAUGUUGUGGUGGUUCCAACAAGAUCACUACCGUAUCUCGCUAUGCCUUCUUUUGUGGCAGUUGUCGCUGUCAUUAGGUUGGUCAUAGCAACGGAGCUCCGCAGUUCUCUGCCUAUUUCUCCCAGUAAUCACUCUUGAUCGGUUGUGCCCAGGGUUGAUUGAUCUUGGUCAUAGUGAUCUGGAUUUGCUUCUAUUCUAUUUGAGCCUGUCAUAUUCUUUACGUGGCCCUGAGUGAUAAGCGUGUACAGCUGUUCCAAUGUCUUCCCUCAUGGGUACCAGCUAGCAGUAGUUGCCCCUGAGCAGCGUGAGUGCAGAGAUUUCGGUCUUGCAGCCAAGCACUAAUAUGCUUACACAAGUCGACUCACCCGACUGAAAGCUCUAUGCUGACAGUGAAUGCUUCACGCCACGGCCGGAUAAGAUCCUUGCACUGUUGCUGUUGCCUUCAUGAAGGGUAGCAUGUCUGCGCCUGUGCAUGCUUCAUGUCGGUGCAGAAAAGAUCCAAACUUGUGAUAUUGGUGAUGAGCCUGAUUGCAGUGGUAUGCUCUGUGAGGAUCACCUGUAUUGAA